CCUGUAUAGUGCCAUGUUCAGAUCUUCUGAAUAUAAAAUGAGUCCAGGUUCUGAAUCUCAUCACCCCAACUGAAACCCAUCUCAAUACUUAUGGCUAACGUCGAUAAAUACGAUAACUUCCUUUCAACCCUCCACGGAGCAUCGGCCAGCGCAUGGACUGAUGCUCAGGAAUCCUCGUUGCUUGAGCCAUACACCUACAUCACUGCUAACCCGGGCAAAGAAAUCCGGGGAAAGCUUGUCGAAAGCUUCAACCGUUGGCUUAACGUCCCCAAGGACAAGCUUGCGGUCAUCAACCGCGUGGUUGGUCUUCUCCACAACGGCAGUCUCUUGAUCGAUGAUAUCGAAGAUGACUCUCAGCUGAGACGUGGGAUCCCAGUUGCCCACAAAAUAUACGGUGUCCCUCAGACUAUCAACACUGCCAAUUACGUCUACUUCCUGGCAUACCAAGAGUUGUCUGCUCUGAGGCCGACUGUUCGCCGUCGCGCUCCCAUCUCGAGCUCAAGUUCGGACAGUGGGCUGGGCGACGACAGUCCAGCUGGCGACAAGGCUGAUUUCCCUGACCGCAUCAUCCCCGAUUAUGACCUGGAUCUCGUAGUGACUGGUGAGCUCAUGUCGCUCCACCGUGGGCAGGGCAUGGACAUUCUCUGGCGUGACACCCUGCGCUGUCCCACGGAAGAUGAAUACGUGGACAUGGUGAAAGCUAAAACGGGUGGUCUCCUCAGGAUUGCUGUCAAACUCAUGAUGGCAUGUGCGACAACUAACACUAAUGUUGACUACAUCCCUUUGACGGACCUAAUCGGGGUUCAUUUCCAAAUACGCGACGACUACAUGAAUCUUCAGAGCAGUCAGUACACGGACAACAAGGGCUUCGCAGAAGAUUUGUCUGAAGGCAAAUUCUCCUUCCCCAUUGUUCACGGCAUUCUGGAACAGCCAGACAACCGGCAGAUCAUGAAUGUCCUGCAAAAGCGUCCCAAGACGCCUACUCUUAAGCACCACACCAUCAACUACCUCAGGGACACUACCAAGUCAUUUGAUUACACGCUGGCUGUCCUCAAAAAGUUGGAACGCCAAGGUCGGGCAGAAAUUGAGAGACUGGGUGGAAACCCAAUGUUAUCUGCGAUUUUGGACAAGCUUUCCGUCGAUGUAUAAAACACGACGUUAUUGUCUGAUAUAUGUUGUAAUGUCAUUGUUGUGCUUGUUGGAAGUCUCACAUAGAUCAUCUGCAUUGUAAUAGUAUAGAGGCACUUACUGAAUCAUUCC